AUGGCAUCGAAAUUCAACUCCCCAUCUAGCUUGACAGCUAUCCCAAGAGAACUAAGAAGUAUCAUAUAUGAUAACCUUGAAGACGAGGAUCUCGCGCCUCUAGCACAGACUUGCCAGCAAAUACGAACUGAAGUCUUGUCUCGCAUGCCAGGAGGUCGCUUUAUCGAUUUCGGAAAAGUUCAUGACCACUCAGAACUCAGAAGCCAAAUUCACAAAACCAUCGAAAUCAAGAACCUCGAUCUUAUCGCCGAACCAUGGUACUCUUUAGGAUCAGCACUAAAAAUCGGAGUUACGUGGAAACCAAGAGAUGAAGACUACAUACACUGGAGGACUUCAUAUUGGACCAUCCGCGACCUAUCGUCGCCAAUGGCACGGUACAUAUACCUAUAUUGCCCCGAUGCCAUUUCAAUCACAUUUCAGGCAGCUACUAAAGGCUAUUUGCUACUUGCCUUAUUAAUACUACGAACAAAAAUGUUCGACAUAUGCCGAAUUUUGAAGACUAUAAAUCGCGAUUUAUGCUUCACACCGAGUACUUUGAAUAUACAAUUCUGCGGUGGACGAGACCCGGAUCGCCCUACCGUGGCUCGCACGCCUUUCUGGGAGAUGCGGCCACGAUGCAAUGUACCGAAUUGGAUAAUUCAUCAGGAGGCAUGGAAAAACACGAUCAACAAAAAGUCACACCAGGACAGAGAGGUUUAUCCUUUCUUUUACGAGUGCUUAAUGCUUCCUCUAAUAUCAUAUUCUGGGGAGGGCUCUAUGCAUGUCAACUUUGACUUGCAACCCGCCCAGCGACGAACUUCUUUUCAAGACAGGACGAUGCAUGGCCAGAUAAAUAAUCCCAACGACUACAAUAGGAUACAAAUAAAGUAUCUUGGCCACAAAGCGCUAUUCGAUUUCGCAGACUACUGCUAUCACCUCCACUUGAAAGACAUCGAUUAUUAUGGGAAUGACUACACAGAAAGCUUUGAAAAGGUCAUGGACUGCUUGGAAUCUUUCACGGAGGACACCGACGCCUUCUUGAGAAACGCCAAGUGUCAAGAGGCAUACCAGCUACGAUCAUAUUUGAGAAGGAUGAGGCAAGCACCGAUUUGCAAUCCUUUUGCUGGUCCACUGGAGGGAAAUCCAUUCGAGGAGCAGGAUGCGGUACAAAUGAGAUAUGAGGGAUACGUCUGGAGAUGCUACGGGGAGGACAACUUUAUGAGACAGAGGCUUAUUGAAUGGGCUAUGGAAUAA